AAAAUGGCUUUGUCUGUGGACUCGGCUUUGUAUCGCUGGCAGCGUCUGGGAGCUCCACAUCCCUCCCAGGCGCUCUCAGAAUCGACACCACUACUGUUUUCUGUCAAAGACAGGCUGAAAUUCAUCUUAAACAAAUGGAGGAUUGUGUUUCCCAACAACGGGAGGCAGCAGAAAGACUGGGACCAAGCUGCUAGAUUUUAUUCUGGAAAUAGGAUACAGACGACAAAAUACACCUGGCUCACUUUUUUGCCCCAAAAUCUCUUUGAGCAGUUUCACAGACUGGCUAAUCUUUAUUUCCUCUUCUUGGUGGUUCUAAACUGGUUCCCACAAGUGGAAGUUUUCCACCGGGAGAUUACUAUGCUGCCUUUGAUUGCGGUGCUGCUUGCCAUCACAGUGAAAGAUGCUAUUGAAGACUACAGAAAAUAUCAAUUUGAUAAGACUAUAAACUCCACCAAAACCAGGGUAUAUGACAAGGAAGAUCAUGCCUACGUUGAGAAGUGCUGGAAAGAUGUUCAGGUAGGGGACUUUGUGCAGCUGCAGUGCAACGAGACCAUCCCGGCCGACAUCCUCUUGCUGUAUUCCUCUGACCAGAAUGGGAUCUGCCACUUGGAAACUGCCAACCUCGACGGGGAGACCAACCUCAAGCAACGACGGGUUGUGACAGGCUUCUCUGGCCAGAAUACUCCGUUUGAACCAGAACUUUUCGAAAACAUCAUCAUCUGUGAAAUGCCUAACAAUGAUCUCAACAAAUUCAAAGGGUACAUGGAACAGCCGAAUCAUGAACAGAUUGGUUUUAGCAUUGAAAGCCUUUUGCUUCGUGGAUGUACAAUCAGAAACACUGAGGUUGCAAUAGGAAUUGUUGUAUAUGCAGGUCAUGAAACUAAGGCUAUGCUAAAUAACAAUGGUCCUCGUUACAAGCGCAGCAAGAUAGAGCGACGGAUGAAUAUGGAUAUUUUUUUCUGUGUGGGACUUCUGUUUGCAAUGUGUCUUGUCGGAGCAGUAGGGCAUGGCAUUUGGAGUGGAACCUUCUCGGAGCAUCCACCUUAUGAUGUCCCAGAUGUGAAUGGCAAUUAUUUGUCUCCAGUUGUUGCUGGUUUCUACAUGUUCUUGACUAUGAUAAUCCUGUUGCAGGUUUUAAUCCCCAUUUCUCUCUAUGUGUCCAUUGAGUUAGUCAAGCUGGGCCAAGUUUUUUUAAUUCACAAUGACAUUGACCUGUAUGACGAGGAAGCAGAUUUGCCCAUACAGUGUCGAGCCUUAAAUAUUACUGAAGAUCUCGGACAAAUCCAGUAUAUCUUCUCAGACAAAACUGGGACACUAACAGAAAACAAAAUGGUAUUCCGACGCUGUACUGUCAAUGGAAAUGAGUUUUCACAUCAGGAAAAUGCCAGACGUCUGGAAACCCACAAGGAGCUGGAUUUAGAUGAUGAGGACUUUGCAAAACUUCAGCACUUCACUCUUCCUGUAAUUAAUAUUGGGCAACCAGCUACUUAUAAACAGAGAACCGUAAGACCUUUAAGGAGGUGCCAGAGUGCUAGGGCUCAUUUUCAAGGCCAUGUAAGGCAGAAGUCACUCGGUCGUCGUGACAGCAACCAAUCUCAAGUGGCAUUCAGCAGUACCCUCGAAAAGGAUGUGGCUCCUGAUAGCAGGCUGUUGAGGAGAGUGAGAGAAGCUGCACUCCAGACUGAAAAUCUGUCUCCAUUUACAGACACGAAGACUGCCACAUCCCUUACUGACUUCUUCCUUGCCCUUGCUAUCUGUAACACAGUUGUGGUCUCCACAGCUACAGAGCCAAGGCAAAGGGUUACAGUCCCACCACAAAUAAAACCUUCAGGAAUCACCCUGGAGAGGAUUCAUCAGAUAUUCCAGCGGCUAAAAUUAGCAAGCCUCAGUCAAUCUUUUGCAUCAUCUCAGUCCAGUUCAGACCUUGGAGUUAGCUUUAGUGCGAAGAACACAGAAGAGCACCUGGCCACUCUGGAUUGCUGCGACAACGAUGACGACUGCUAUGGAGAUCAUGGGAAGAGCAGCACGGAUAUUGGCAGUGCUUCCUUGGAUGAGGUUUUUAAAUCCGUUUCUCACAGCUCUUUGCCAUCGGAAUUUUGUUAUGAGGCUGAGAGCCCAGAUGAGGCGGCUCUUGUCUAUGCUGCCCAGGCGUAUAGUUUUACCUUGGUGUCCCGGACUCCAGAGCAGGUGACCGUGCGGUUGCCACAAGGCACCCUCCUGACUUUUGACAUUCUCUGCACCUUGGGGUUUGACUCGGUGAGGAAAAGGAUGUCGGUAGUGGUGAGACACCCUCUAACCAAGGAGAUCAUCGUCUACACAAAAGGAGCUGACUCUGUUAUAAUGGACUUACUGGAAGACCCUGACAAAGCUGACUUUAAUGCACAGAAAAGAAUGAGAAGAAUAAAAGAUAAAACACAGAAGCACCUGGACUACUAUGCCCGUGAUGGCCUAAGAACGCUGUGCAUAGCUAAGAAGGUCUUGAAUGAAGAUGACUUUCAAAAAUGGGCCAAUUUUCGUCGUGAAGCAGAAGCUGCAAUUGACAACCAAGAUGAGCUGUUAAUGGAGACAGCACAGCACCUGGAGACCAAACUCACCUUGCUAGGAGCAACAGGGAUUGAAGAUCGGCUGCAAGAUGGAGUGCCUGACACUAUUGCAGCUCUUCGAGAAGCUGGGAUACAAAUCUGGGUGUUGACAGGAGACAAACAGGAAACAGCAGUUAACAUUGCAUAUUCUUGUAAACUUCUGAACCAAGGGGACACGGUCUUUACCAUUAACACUGAAAAUAAGGAAACUUGUGAGUCACUCUUGAAUUUAACCUUGGAAGAAGUGAGGAAGAGUUAUGAUGUUGAAAAACCACGGAGAAAGUUCUUGGGCAUUAUCCCAACGUCUUUAUCAACCUCUGAGGCCCCGUCUCCUGAAUUUGGACUGGUGAUCGAUGGAAGAACGCUGAACAUCAUCUUCCAGGGGGGCCUGGAAAAGACGUUUCUGGCCCUGACGAAGCACUGCCGCUCAGUCCUGUGCUGCCGCUCCACCCCUCUCCAAAAGAGCAUGGUGGUGAAGCUAGUCCGGAGGCAGCUCAAAGUGAUGACCCUGUCAAUAGGUGAUGGGGCAAAUGAUGUAAGUAUGAUUCAAGCAGCUGAUGUUGGAAUUGGAAUAUCUGGCCAAGAAGGCAUGCAGGCUGUGAUGGCUAGUGACUUUGCAAUAUCCCGAUUUAAGCAUCUCAAAAAACUACUUCUCGUCCAUGGACAUUGGUGUUAUGCUCGACUGGCAAAGAUGGUGAUUUACUUUUUCUACAAGAAUGUGAGCUACGUCAACCUGCUCUUCUGGUACCAGUUCUUCUGUGGGUUCUCUGGUGCCACCAUGAUAGAUUACUGGCAGAUGAUCUUUUUCAAUCUCUUCUUCACCUCGAUGCCCCCUAUUCUCUUUGGAAUCCUCGACAGAGACGUUUCUGCAGAAACACUCUUAGGUUUGCCUGAAUUAUACAAGAAUGGGCAAAAUUCAGAGAUAUACAAGCUGUCAACUUUUAUUGUUACAAUGUUGGAUGCCUUCUAUCAAAGCCUUGUUUGCUUCUUUAUCCCCUAUUUGACAUACGAGGGUUCUGACAUAGAUGUGUUUACCUUUGGGACCCCCAUCAAUACCAUCUCCCUCCUCACCAUUCUCUUGCACCAGGCUCUAGAAAUGAAAACAUGGACGGUGUUUCACUGGGCCACGAUGAUGGGGAGCGUGCUGCUCUACUUCAUCUUCUCAGUGGUCUACAACGCUGUCUGCGUGGUCUGCAACCCUCCUGCCACUCCCUACUGGAUCAUGGAGAAGCAGCUUGCAGACCCUACCUUCUAUUUACUGUGCCUCAUUACCCCAGUCAUCGCGCUCUUACCGAGGUGCCUUAUUUUUGCCCUGCGAGGAACCUUUGGAGCAUCUCUGAUUCUGAAAGCUCAGCAACUAGAUAAGCUUCCUAAAGAGCAACAAGAUCUUGAAAUCCAAAAGUGGAGGUCACGAAAACAAACUACUUCUGAUGCGCCUAUAACAUCACCAGCACCUAAUGAUGACCUUGACCGAACCAUCAACCACUUAUGUGUAUCACCAUUUUUACAUCCAGCAGCAGCAGCUGUGUCUCAUGGGGACACAGAUAGCCAGGGACUUUCCAGUUCUGAAAUGAAUCCUCUCAGGAAAUGGACACCUGAAGAAGGCAAUUAUUUCUUUAAUAGAUGGGCAGAGGAAGAAUCUCCCACUACAGACUGCUCAGCAGGACCUUUCUCUGGCCGUUACCCCCUUGUUCCCAAUAGGGUAGCAUCUCCUGGGCAUGACCCUAGCAAACUAACUAGAGAUAAUGCUAAAAAAAUUAAUCAUGGAAGUCAUCGGCGAUCUGUGAGUGCAGUGACACUCUGA